AAAAUCCAUAACACGAGUAUUGUUUGCUUUGGAAAUCUCUCUCUCUCUCUCUCUCUCUCUCUCUCUCUCGGGGUGGCCGGGGGGAGGAAUUGAUCACAGUGGUGAGCGUUUGUUGUGUGAAAGAGAUCGAUCGAUCGAGAAUGUGUUUGAGUAGUAGUGCAAUGGGGGGUGGAAACGGAAUGAGGAGGUGCGAGGAUUUCAAGGUAGAAGUGAAGAGGAAAGAGGUGGUAGAGGCGGCGUUGCCGUUGCAGGAGCAUUGGCUACCCCUCUCUAAUCUCGACUUGCUCCUUCCCGCUCUCGAUGUUGGCGUUUUCUUCUGUUACAAAAAGCAGCCGCCUACUACAGAUGAUGAUGAUGAUCAUAACUUAAUAUUAAUAUUCGGUUCCAUGGUGAACAUUCUCAAGAAAUCACUUGCUCAGGCCCUGGUGUCUUACUACUUGUUCGCCGGAGAACUGGUUACCAAUUCUGCUGGAGAGCCAGAGCUGCUCUGCAACAACCGAGGAGUCGAUUUCAUCGAAGCUUAUGCGGAUGUGGAUCUCUGCCACAUCGACCUCCACAAUCCAGAUGCCACAGUCGAAGGAAAGUUGGUCCCCAACAAGAAGUCCGGCGUCCUUUCCGUUCAGGCAACGGAGCUGAGAUGUGGAGGGAUCGUUGUUGGCUGCAAGUUCGACCACCGGAUAGCAGAUGCCUAUUCAACCAACAUGUUCUUGGUUGCAUGGGCGGAAAUUGCUCGACUCAAAGCAACAUCUCUUGUUCCAACUCUUCGCCGAUCACUUCUCAAUCCAUCACGUCCAUUGCGCUAUGAUCCAUCCCUUGAUGACAUGUAUGUCCCUGUAUCCAAGUUGCCACCGCCACCACCUCCUGCUCAUACUAAGAAGGAACAUUCGUCAUCUCCAGAACCAGAACCAGAACCAGAUGAUGAUGAUGAUGAUGAUGAUGACCUUAUGAUCAGCCGCAUCUAUUAUGUCACUGCCAAGGACAUUGAAUGGAUUCAGUCACAGGCCAGCAGCUCAUCCCCAUCCAAGCAGCAGAGCAGAAGAAGCAAGCUUGAAUCCUUUAGUGCAUUAUUGUGGCAAACCAUAGCUAAAAGCGUCGUUUCUGAUGAUGACGAUGGCAAUAAUACUAAUAAGAAAUGUAAAAUUGGCAUCGUAGUUGAUGGAAGAAGCAGACUAGGCAGCAGCAGCAGCAGCAAAGGUGGUGAUGAUCGCGAUCCAAUGAGUAGUUAUUUGGGAAAUGUUCUCUCAAUACCGUUUGGAGAAGCCCCAGCCAAAGAGCUUAAGACAAGACCACUAAGUUGGGCAGCAAAAGCUGUACACGGAUUUUUGGAGAGUGCAGUCACAAAGGAACACUUCCUGGGAUUAAUCGAUUGGGUGGAAGCACAUCGACCGGAGCCAGCUCUGGCAAAGAUAUACUGCAAAGGGACUGAAGAUGGACCAGCAUUAGUAGUUUCAUCGGGCCAACGCUUCCCAGUGUCAAAGGUGGACUUUGGUUGGGGUAAACCUGUGUUUGGAUCCUACCAUUUUCCAUGGGAAGGGGAUGCCGGCUACGUCAUGCCAAUGCCCAGUUCGCAUGAGAAUGGAGACUGGGUGGUGUACAUGCACCUCUUCAAAUCCCACUUGGAGUUGUUAGAGGCAGAUGAUCAGGCUGCUUCUAUUUUUAGGCCCUUCACUUCUGAUUAUCUUCUUCUCUAAAGUUUAAACCCACCCUCCCAAUAUAUUAUUACAUAGCUAGCUAUGGUGAAGUAGUAACCCUCUGAUCAGAUCAUGAUGGCCCUCAUGGGCCUUUAUUUAUUGUUUAGUCUGCUAUGCAUGGUUAUGAUUAUUGUAUGCUGUGUUGUUCAUUAUUAGUGUUUCUUCAAGAAUAUUAAUUAGGAUAGGUGCUUUA